ACAUUAUUUUGAAUAAACUGUUGUUUUAAAACAAAGUUUAACGUUUUCUUUUCUAUUCUAGAACCGACGGAACAGAGUCGCCAAUUUUAGAAGAACAAGAAACGACAAAUUCGGAUAAACCAAAACAGCUUGUAAAAUAUGGGGAGCUAGUCAUAUUAGGAUACAAUGGUUCUUUACCGCAAGGUGAUCGGGGUAGAAAAAGAAGCAAAUUUGUUUUGUAUAAGCGGCAGGAUCCAAACGGAGUUAAAAAAUCUAAACAUUAUGUAGUUAAGACGCCUCACUCCUCACAAGCUAUAUUAGAUGCUACACAACAUUCUAUAUCAUAUACAUUAUCGAGAAGUCACGCUGUUAUUGUUGAAUAUACAUCUGAUGACGAGACUGAUAUGUUCCAGAUCGGAAGGUCAUCCGAAUCACCUAUAGACUUUGUAGUAAUGGAUACAAUACCUGGUGAUAAAAUAGGAGAAAACAAAGUUGUGCAAAGUACAAUAUCUAGAUUUGCCUGCAGAAUUUUAGCAGAUCGUAAUUCGAAGAUAUGUAGAAUAUAUGCUGCGGGUUUUGAUACUUCUAGAAAUAUAUUUUUAGGGGAAAAGGCAACUAAAUGGCAGGAUAACGGCAGAGAUAUUGACGGUUUGAUCACAAACGGUGUCCUUAUUAUGCAUCCCAAUGGCAGUUUUUGUGGUGGAGAAGGCAAGUGCGGUCUUUGGUUGGAAACAUCGGUUGGCGGCGGCGUAUUUUCAUUGAGGGAGUCGAGAUCGGCGCAACAAAAGGGUCAAGUGGUGGAAGGGGCAACGAACAGCUUACAAGAUGGCACUCUUAUUGAUCUCUGCGGAGCCACUCUUCUGUGGAGAUCGGCCGAAGGAUUAGCAUUAUCGCCGAGUAAACGAGAUCUAGAAAAGGAAAUUGAUGAAAUAAAUGCUGGCAGACCGCAAUGUCCGGUGGGUCUAAAUACGUUGGUAAUACCAAGAAAGGUUACAGGCAACGAAAGUCAACAACAACCGUACGUCUAUCUCACAUGCGGUCAUGUGCAGGGGUUACACGAAUGGGGACAGGAUAAGGAUUCGGGAGCUAGAAAGUGUCCAAUUUGCUUAAAGUUGGGUCCUGCCGUGAAAGUUUGUAUGGGAUUAGAGCCAGCUUUUUAUGUUGAUUCGGGUCCUCCCACUUUCGCAUUUAAUCCAUGUGGACACAUGGCUACAGAAAAGACUGUAAAGUAUUGGGCCAAUCUUGCCAUUCCGCACGGAACGAAUGGGUUCCACGCAAUUUGUCCGUUCUGUGCAUCCCCGUUGGGCGAAUUUCCUGGUUACGUUAAACUUAUCUUUCAGGAUAAUGUUGAUUAGAUAAUAAAGUUGUUGUUAAAAUUGAACAUUUUUGUAUCUGUAUAAUUCGGUACGAUGCAUGUGAGAAUGUAUAGGUUUAUUUACCAAAGGUUCAUCAAUAGCAGUUGCGGCUGCGUAUCACAAAUCUAAUUCCCUUUUUAUGGAAACAAUUUUUUUCCGAUACUAAAUAUCAUAAAAAUCUUGUACAAAUAUUCAAGAAUGCAUUACAUAUUUAUAUAUCGUGUAAGUAAUUGUAACUAUAUUUGUACAUAACGAUAAUGUGGUAUAUCUGCUGAAGUAAUUUUGAGAUGUUUAAUUUAAUGCUCAAAAAUUAGGGUCGGACCUAUUAAUUAUUGCCAUGAGUUCUUAUGUAAUAAGUUUUAGUGAUUGAAAAUAUUUUUGAAAUUUUGGAUCCAUGUCUUUUAAUUUUAUGUAUAAUAUUUUUUAUUAAUGCAAGUUAAUGGCUAAGAGGAAGGGAACUAUUGUACAAAGUUGAAGCUGGUAACGUGUGACUUGCAUCUCUGUUGUACCGUUACUCCCUCAGCAAUGCGCAACCGCUUGAAUUUGAAUUUGCUUUAACGCGUGUUUUGUUUAUACUACCCUUAGAUCAUGAUCUAUGAUAUUACCACGUUUCCAGCUGACUACGCAAAAAAAUUUUAUUAAUUAUUAAUGAUGAACGAGAACGCUUGCAUGUUGUUUAAUUUUUAAUUCACAUAAUAUAUGCCUUCAUUUGUAUGUUAUGUGGAAAGACAUUUACUAAACAAAACAGUUCAA